AUGGCGCCCCAGACAAAGCAAAUGGCCCUCCUGGCGCAUGCCAGAGAAAACUCCACCUUCGACUCCCAGAAGUUGACCACCAUCAUCUAUGACAACGAGGAGAAUGUCGCAUCCCGUCGAGCAGCGUUUGCACGCGUGGAAGCCGCACUGGGACUGGACGAUAACAUGAAACUCCCCCGUCUCUACGAAGGACUCGACCGCGAAGGGCUGUACAUCGAAGGCGUCCGGCGCGCCCGAGCGACGACGCAAGACAUGCUCGCGCAUAACCACGAGCAUUUCAAGUCGCUGACGGAGCGGUAUCACCUCGCCAACUCCUCUCCCUUUGGGAUGAACUUCCUCAUGUUCCGCAAGACGAUCGAACUGCAGGCCACCGAUGCGCAGAAGCGUUACUGGCUGCCACUCAUUGACCAGAUGAAGGUAAACGGCGCAUAUGUUCAGACAGAACUCGGGCACGGCACUUUCGUUCGCGGGAUCGAGACGACGGCUACAUUCGACGAGACCUCGGGCGGGUUCAUCAUCGACUCGCCCACGCUGACCGCGACGAAAUACUGGCCCGGGGGUCUGGGGAUCAGCUGCACGCAUGUUGUCGUGGCUGCACGGCUCCGCACGCAUGGACAGGACCACGGGAUGCAUUGGUUUGUCGUGCAGAUCCGGUCCUUGGAGGACUAUGCGCCCGUCGAAGGGGUGGAGCUGGGCGAUGUCGGCAUGAAGAUGGCGUAUAACGGAACGUGUAAUGGAUAUGCCCGGUUCCGCCGUCUGCGUGUGCCGCGCGACAGCUUGUUGGCUGCUCAUGCCGAGGUCCUCCCGGACGGAACGUACAUCUGCCGGUCGAAUCCUGCGGAGCUGUCUAAGCGCCUCUAUGCGACGAUGCUGGACGUUCGGUGUGUCAUGAUCAAGUGUGCUGGGUUCAGUCUCGCGCAGGCGCUCACGGUCACGACGCGCUACUCUGUGGUCCGUGAGCAGGGGAAGCCAAUGUUUGCGAACGGGGAUGCGCCGGAAGUUGCGCUUCUGGCGUACAAGUCCCAGCACUACCGGCUCCUGACGCUCAUCUCGCAGGCGUAUGCGAUCCUGUUUGCUUCCAAGUCGUUUGACGAGGUGUAUCAUGGCUUCGUCCCGGAACGAGCCAGGGGCCACCUCGAUCGACUGUCCUAUAUCCACGGGCUGAGCACGGGAUUGAAGGCUUGGGCUACGACUAUCGCCAGCGCCGGUGCAGAAGAAGCGAGGAAAAUGUGCGGGGGGCAUGGAUAUGUUGCGUUGUCGGGUCUCCCGGACAUGGUGGCUACGGUGUCUGCGACGGCGACCUUCGAGGGGGAUAACUAUGUGAUGUGGCAGCAGCUGGUGCGAUAUCUCUUCAAGCAGAUACACGCAUCUUGUUCUGCGGCGGCCGUCGAUGCUGAGAUGCAGGAGUACCUGGAGGGUCUCAAGCCCUACCUCCGCGAGAAGGGAUCGAGAUUUCAGCCAAAUACGGACCGGCUGUACGACCCUGCGACACUGCUAUCAAUCUUUCGACACCGCUCGCAUCGCCUCCUCGCCAUGGCUCACGUGCUUGUGACUCGAGAAUCAGAAGAAACCACCCUAGCGGACGCGUGGAACAAGCACAUGAUGAUCCUUCUGUCAGCAGGACAUGCAUACGCCGAAUACAUCAUCCUUCGUGCGUUCCAGGACUGGGCCAGCAAGGUCCAAACGAUAGAACCGAGUCUCCAUCUGCCCGUUUCCCGACUGUGCACAUUAUUCGCCUUGACGACAAUCGUCAGCCCGGUUUCCACCUUUUAUGCUGUUCCGUUCACAGAGGAUGGGGUGUUGUCACUUGAUCAACUCAUGCACAUGCGCGCAACCAUCAACGACCUCCUUGCCCUCCUUUUGCCCGAUAUUGUCGCCCUGACGGAUGCCUGGGACUUUACAGACGCCAGCCUCUGCAGCGCUCUUGGCUGUCGAGACGGGAACGCGUACGAGCGACUGAUGAGUUGGACGAGGCAGCUGCCGGUCAACCACGGCGACGUCGGCGGCAAGUUCUGGGACGGCGAGGCGGGGAUUGGGAACGUCCUCAGGACGAAGCUGUAG